AUGCCGCACAGCCACCACUCCCACUCGGGCCAGUUCUGCCGCCACGCAAAAGACGCCCUCGCCCACGUCGUACACGAGGCCAUCCGCCAGGGCUUCAGCGUGUUCGGCCUCAGCGAGCAUGCCCCCAGGUACCGCACCGAGGACCUCUUCCCAGAGGAGGCAGACCUCACCCCCGCCGACCUGGCCACGGCCUACAACUCAUUCCUCCACGAAGCCGCCGCCCUCCGCGCCACCCACGCCCACGCCAUCUCCCUCCUCAUCUCUAUCGAAACCGACUACAUCACCCCGCUGGACUGCACAAACCUCACGCGCAUACUGGAGGAACACGCCGAGAUCGAUUAUGUCGUGGGCAGCGUGCACCAUGUGAAUGGCGUAUCCAUCGACUUUGAUAGACCCACGUGGCUGAGGGCGGUCAAGACCAGCGCGGAGGGAGGAGAAGGACGGACGAUGGACCCGGGACCGCCACCAAAGCUCGAGCUGGGGGACCAAACCCUCCCCGAACUCCAGCCAUCCCACACCCCAACCCCACAAGCCCUCAUACCCUUCCUCUCCAACUACUUUGACGCCCAACACACCCUCAUAUCGACCCACUCCCCGGAAGUCCUCGGGCACAUUGAUCUCUGCUCUCUCUGGACGCCUGGGCUGGAUUUGAAAGCCGGGGAGGGUAUGGAGGGGGUGUGGGAAAAGGUGGAGAGGAAUGUGAGGGCUGUGGUAAGGUAUGGAGGGUUGUUUGAGGCGAAUGCUGCUGCUAUCCGUAAAGGAUGGGGCACGAGCUACCCCGGCAAGGACAUCUUGCAGCUGAUCCAAGAGCUCGGGGGCAAGAUCUGUCUCUCUGACGAUUCACAUGGCGUCUCAUACGUCGGCCUCAACUAUCCCAAGAUGAGAGACUACCUGACGAGCAUGGGCGUGGAACGGAUAUGGUAUCUGGUACCGGCUUCGCAGAGGCAGGAGGGUGACGAGGAGGUCGGCGUGAGACGGCGAGUGGUUGCGCGACCGAUGGAUGGGUGGGCUGAACACCCCUUCUGGGCCAAGCUGGAGGCUGCCCAGGCAGAUAGAUCAUAGUGCUUGCAAUACAGCACAGGCAUACUUUGUCACGUAUUCAUGCA